CCUAACCCUCAAAACAAAAACAAACUAUCUCUUGCCUCAUAGAUCACCUCAACCUAGCUAGAAUUAAGCUUAAAAAUGGAGAAGCUUGUUAUAAACAAAGUGAUCUUGUCAUGCUUCUUGUACGUUUUUCUUGCACUGCAUUUCAGUCCAGCUGCAUCUCAGGAAGUCGAGGACACAAGAGAGUUUGCGUAUGAGUCAUGGAGCAUGAGGGGACCGGCCCGAUGGGGAAUGAUUCGGCCGGAGUGGAGAAUGUGCAGCAAUGGGACAAUGCAGUCUCCCAUCGAGCUUUUAGACCAGAGAGUUAGACUUGUCUCAUCUUUAGGGAGGCUUAAGAGUAGGUACAUACCUUCCAAUGCCACCCUUCGAAACAGGGGUCAUGAUAUGAUGCUGAAAUGGACUUCGAACACAGCUGGAUUUGUUGAACUAAACAGAACUCGGUAUUACUUGCAACAAAGCCACUGGCACUCACCCUCGGAACACACCAUGAAUGGCAAGAGGUUCGAUCUUGAGCUUCACUUGGUUCACCAAAGCCUAUCUGGACAACUCGCUGUCAUUGGAAUUAUGUAUCAGAUCGGAGCUGCUGAUUCAUUUUUAACAUCGAUGGAGGGUCAUUUAAUGCAUGCCAUUUCCAAUCGAACAUAUCAAGAAAGGAGUGUUGGGGUGGUUGAUCCGAGCCUAAUCAAAUUUGGAAGCAGAAGAUAUUACAAAUACAUUGGCUCUCUCACAGUUCCUCCUUGCACUCAAAAUGUUAUUUGGCUCGUUGUAAGAGAGGUACGCACUGUAGCGAGAGGACAAGUGAGCUUGCUCCAUGUUGCUGUCAACGAUGGUUCGGAUACUAAUGCUAGACCGAUACAGCAUGUUCACGGGCGCACCUUGGAGUUAUAUACCAACGAGGACGUCAUAUAUAGGCGGAAUUAAAUGCAUAAAUAUAUAAAUAUAUUAUUAUUAUUAUUAUAUCAGCAUUUAUGUAUUUUUAUUUUUUGGGAAAUAUUAUAUCAGCAUUUAUUUAUUUUUGAGAAAUAAAUAUAUCACAUAUAUAGAUAUGUCUAGGACAAUUCUCAUAUAUGGCUGCUACUUUAAUCCUUACAGUUAGGGCUAUGGGAACUUGCCACAUAAGCAGAUGUUGUAAUAGUUAAGCUCAAAUCUCCUGUCAAAAAAUGUUGUCAAUUGGGGUCUAACUUAUGAGAAAAUGAAACCUCAUUUAAUGAGUC